AUGACAAAAUUUACAAAUGACUAUAUAGUAUUACUAAGUUUCAUAAUAAUAUGUUACGUCAGGAUAAUAUCGAUCAAAGCUCAGAGCCCUAUAACUAUCCAGUUAUUUGAUUCAAUAAUAUCAAACGCAACUAUAAAAUCUGGACAAACAAUUCAUUACAUGUAUAAUGUUAGUCAAGCAGGAAAUGUACUGCUAAGGAACAUUAGGAGAGAUAUAUCAACAGAAAAGACAUCAUUGGAAACCGAUAAUUCACAAAUUGUAAAAAAUAAUCUGAUAACAAAUAACAUAUUUAUAACGUUGACAAUUUGUAAACAACCGCUUUCAGCUGAAAAUAACACAAUACCGGAAACAUUACAAAUAUUUUAUUCUAAUUACUCGGUACCAAGUGCAGACGAUAGUAAUAGCAACCCAAUUAAUUGGGAUUAUGGGUUUGCAUCAAAAAAUUUAACAAAUUAUGAGGAAAAUGUGCUAUACAUAGGAGUUUUUGCUCCUACAUUUAACGCGGAAUUUGCAGGGGAUUAUAAUUUUCAAAUUGGAGUCUCAUCAAAAGAUACUGAUAAUUCAACCGCCUUAUUUGCAAGCGUUGAAACUUUUAGUGAUACCAAUUUUGAUACAAGUAGUUAUAAAUUAUAUUACGUUGAAGAGCCACCGCUAAAAGGAAUCACAAAAUCAUUAUGUGCAUAUCAAUCUGCUCCACAAAAUACCACCGCCGCUGUUAUCAACUUUACGUCAAGGGGCAGCUCAGGGACAAAUAAAAGAAUGUCAUUACAAUUGAAUAACAUAGCUAAUGGGACAAAUUAUGUUGCUUUUGUGACACAGCAGCAGAAUCAAAAUUUAUUGAGAUCUUGGAAUCCUAUAUCAUUCAGAACCAAACCACUCGCAUAUGCAGUGCCGGCAAAUCCGGGUAUUCCGGUAGACCGUAUAACGAAAUUUUACGACGAGCUUUCAACUAAAUAUUACAAAAAUUUUACAAACGCACUAGAUUUAUUUCCAUGUGAUAAUUCAAAUUAUUCAUUAGUUAAAAAUUGUAGUGAUUGUAGUGAAGCUUAUAAAGACUGGAUAUGCGCAGUAACAAUUCCACGUUGUGCUGACAUAGAAUUAGCAACAAGAAUUAUCAGAAACGUUAAUGACAGCCGUGUAAGUGAAAUAGAUGAGACGAUGAGACCUGGUCCUUAUAUAGAGACACCGCCUUGUGUUGAUUUAUGUUAUAAUGUGUCAAGAUCAUGUCCUCCAAUUUUUAAUUUUAAAUGCCCGUUGUUACCUAACAUAGCAAAUUCAAGUUAUGGAUAUAUGGAUUUAAACUCGUUAAACUUGAAUCCAAAUCAAAAUUUAUUGUGCAAUCCGAUGCAAAAUUUCCCGUAUGUCCAACAAAGUAUGGCAACGAGACUAAACAGUGGUCACUUAAUGACAACAACAUUUUGGAAUAGUAUAAUUUUUGGAUUUAUAUAUAUAAUUUUUGGCUUUUUAAUGUCAUCAUCAUCAAAUUAA